AUGAUCACCUUGAUCCUCGUUCUGGCGCUGGUGACGCUGUAUCUCUAUUUGGAGUGGUCGCCAACCGAUGUGGAUCAAUCCAUUUUGAAGCACCAGGUAUCUGCGCCUCCAGUUCGUAAUCCGGGCGAAAGUGGAGUCUACAGGUCGCUCGACACCCCUCACUCUACGCCAUUGCUAAGGGAGAUCUUGGGGAAGCAUUAUGAGCAAUUCACCUUGGAAAUGCUAUGGGAGCCUGAGAGCUUUCAAAUUUCCGAGUAUCAUGCGAACGGUGAGCUCGAUGGUAAUUUCGAUUUCGCCAUGCAUGUGCAUAAGUUAGGAUCUGCGUUGACCAAACGCAAUACCACCUCGGUCAUUGUCACUCUUCCCGCGGGGAUAGAGGCGCUGGCUAUGCUGUUUGCCUGUGGGCUUUACAAUAUUUGUAUUCUGUACACCGAGCCCGAAGAAUUGGAAGAAGCAAAAAGCGCAUUUCCUCUUCACGAUUUGGUCGUAGACGCUCCUCUUGCCACAGAUGAUGAGCUUGUGGAGCGGCCAAUUGCCAAACCUUCGAGUAUUUCGUUCUACUCCAAGCAGAGGGGGCUUCAAAAGUUCCUGUCGCCCGAAGUUGGCUUGUCUAUUGCCUCCCAACUCAGGGCUCUCGGCCAUCGCAUGUGGAAUCGCAACGACAAAGUGCUUAUUUUCCCGACCUGCCAACACCCCUAUGCAUUGCUAAUGCAGCUCACAGCAUUGAGUGCAAAGGCACCGUUGGUGUUUCUGGAGCACUCUAUAAGUGAUCCUUUCCGGGCCACUGAAAUAGUGCGGCCAACCGUUUUGGUGACGGACGAUAUCGCUCUCGAGUCACUACGAAGCCAGGCGGAUGAGCUUAAUACCAUCAAGCUAUUGCAGUUCCAAUUGAAUAAAGUUCGUUUGUCAAGAGGCACCAUCAGUUCGCCUAUGCUGCCGCAGUUCCGUUCUUUGAGGUUGAUCCAUACCGUCAAUCUGGGCGGCACAUCCAUGAGAACCGAGGAUGCCAACGUUAUUCGUAUUCUAACUGGAUCCCAAGUUAUCCAUGGGUUCAGGACCCCAAAAGUAUUGAUGCCGAUCUUUCAGACCACGUAUGGUGACUACCGUGAAUGUCCUAAACAGUACACACUGGCGGGUCCUCCAACGCCCGGCAUCGAGAUCAAAGUGGUUGGGGAUGCCAAAAAAGGUCGGCUUUUUCUCAAGUACGACAUCGAUUGGAUCGAUACAGGAGUAGACGUGACCAUGAGGCCUGACGGAUGUGCGAUGGUUUAA